AUGAAGUUUCACAACGUCGCUCCUCUGUGCCUCGCGGGCUGUGCCCUGGCCUUGCCCACUCCGGUCGAAAAGAGAGAGGAUCUUUCCGAUCUCUUCGGAUUCUCUCUUCCAUCUGGCCUCUCCCUUUCUUCGGGCUUGCCCAGUCUUUCUCUGCCAACGGACCUGUCCAGCCUAUUCAACAACCGCCGGGACUUGCCUUUUUCUCUCCCUUCCGGUGCUGCUCUUCCAACGAAUUCAGAGGGGCUGUCUGAGCUCCUGCCUUCCGGCUUCCCCGACCUGUCCGAACUUGGCAUCUCUCUUCCUACCGGGCUGUCAUCCACGAAGCGUCAACUUGGCGGCGGUGGUCCCUCUGGUGGGUCGCCCUUUGGAGGCCAGUCAUCUGGCUCCUCCAGCCUGCCCAGCUUGGGCGGUGGCGACUCUUCUCAGUCUGGUGAUUCAUCCAGCUCUUCUGGCGGGCUUCCAGACUUUCUUGGCUCACUCGGAGGCUCUUCCAGCUCUUCUGAGCCCUCCAGUGGCAGCUCCUCUGGAGGUCUUCCUGACUUUCUUGGCGCACUUGAUGGCUCUUCCAGCGAUUCUUCUAGCUCUUCUGCUCCCUCCAGCGGCACCUCUUCUGGUGGGCUUCCCGACUUUCUUGGCUCGCUUGGAGGCUCCCCCAGCGGUUCUUCUAGCUCUGCUGAGCCCUCCAGUGGUAGCUCUUCUGGCGGGCUUCCCGACUUCCUUGGCGCGCUCGGGGGCAGCUCUUCUCAAUCAUCUAGCUCGUCUAAGCCCUCCAGCGGCGGUGCUCUUGGUGGCGUGCCCGACUUCUUGAAGCCCUUCCUCAGUGGCGGCUCUUCAUCUUCCGAUGACUCGUCCAGCGCGGCCCAGCCCAGCGGCACCCUUGGCGGCUCCUCCGGCAGCCCUCCUAGUCUGCCUUCCGGAAGCCCCUUCGGCGGUUCCUCUUCUUCGUCAUCCGAUGAUUCCUCCAACCCUGCUCAACCCAGCGGUAGCCUCCCGAGCAUCAGCCUUCCUGAACCCAGCAGCAGCAGCUCUUCCUCCGAGGAUUCCAGCGACUCCGAGCCAUCCCUCACCCCGCCAACCCCGCUGGCAGCUUUCCCGGGCUCUCCUAACAUUCCCGCUCCUUCAUCCUCCGCCGUCCCGACGAGCAGCGCUGUGCCUAAGGCCGUGCCUACUGCCUUGUCUUCCUUGUCCUAG